AGCUUGGACAGCCACGCGUGCGCCCAGGCCGGGCAGAGGAACUGCCCCGCCCUGGUCCAGUGAUUGAUCAGCAGUGAUUACUGAGGCUUUAAUGGUCCGCUUGGAUGGGAAUUAAUUCUGGGAUGGAUAAAUAAUGCAUCGAGGUUGAUGUAGUCCAAGGCGAGCCGUCUGUCCGGAGCCGGGAGAGGUAGCCAAGGGAGCCUGACGGGUGACGCCAGCGGCCACGGGCCCCGAGCGAGCAGGGCAUGAGGGGCGACUGGGCGCGAGGACGAGCAAAAGCAAGUGGAUGACAGCAUGAUCGGCCCCGCGGGGCUGGCCAGACGGCUGCAAGAACAUGCUGAGCCCAAAGAUCAGGCAGACCAGGAGGGCCCGCUCCAAGAGCCUGGUGAUGGGGGAGCAGAGCCGGAGCCCCGGGCGGACGCCAUGCCCUCACAGGCUGGGCCCCGUACUGAAGGCAGGCUGGCUGAAGAAGCAGAGGAGCAUCAUGAAGAACUGGCAGCAGCGCUGGUUUGUGCUGCGUGGGGAUCAGCUUUUCUACUACAAGGACAAAGAUGAGAUCAAGCCCCAGGGAUUUAUUUCUCUACAAGGGACACAGGUGACCGAACUUCCUCCUGGCCCCGAGGACCCAGGGAAGCACCUCUUUGAGAUCAGUCCAGGUGGUGCCGGGGAGCGGGAGAAGGUGCCGGCCAACCCCGAGGCGCUCCUGCUCAUGGCCAGCUCCCAGCGUGACAUGGAGGACUGGGUGCAGGCCAUCCGCCGGGUCAUCUGGGCCCCGCUGGGCGGAGGUACUGCCCGUAGAUCGCAUGCCCACCCUCUAGAACCCUUGCCUCCAGGCAGCCCAGGGCCCAGCAUCUUGGUGUGUGUACUCCCAGCAUGUGUCCAGGCGACCAGGGCCCAGCCUCCUGGGAUCUUUGGGCAGCGCCUGGAGGACACAGUCCACCAAGAGCGGAAGUAUGGCCCCCGCCUGGCGCCCCUGCUGGUGGAGCAGUGUGUGGACUUCAUCCGGGAGCGCGGGCUCACUGAGGAGGGGCUGUUCCGCAUGCCGGGCCAGGCCAACCUGGUGAGGGACCUGCAGGAUUCCUUCGACUGUGGGGAGAAGCCACUGUUUGACAGCACAACAGACGUGCACACGGUGGCCUCCCUGCUGAAGCUCUACCUGCGGGAGCUCCCCGAGCCCGUGGUCCCCUUCGCCAGGUACGAGGACUUCCUCAGCUGUGCCCAGCUGCUCACCAAGGACGAGGGGGAGGGCACUCUGGAGUUGGCUAAACAAGUGAGCAACCUUCCUCAGGCCAAUUACAACCUGCUCAGAUACAUCUGCAAGUUUCUGGAUGAAGUUCAGGCAUACUCAAAUGUCAACAAGAUGAGUGUCCAGAACCUGGCAACCGUGUUUGGACCUAACAUUCUGCGGCCACAGGUAGAGGACCCAGUAACCAUCAUGGAAGGCACUUCCCUCGUCCAGCACCUGAUGACUGUCCUCAUCCGCAAACACAGUCAGCUUUUCACGGCACCGGCCCCGGAAGGGUCCACCUCCCCGCGCAGGGGCCCGCAAUGUGCAGUGGGGUGGGGCUCCGAGGAGGUCACCAGAGACAGCCAGGGAGAACCCUGCGACCCCGGCCUGCCGGCGCACAGGACCUCUUCCCUGGACGGAGCGGCCGUGGCGGUGCUCUCCAGAACAGCCCCCAUGGGAGCGGGGAGCCGGUGCAGCCCUGGGAAGAAGGUGCAGACCCUGCCCAGUUGGAAGUCCUCCUUCCGUCAGCCGGGAUCCCGAUCGGGAAGCCCGAAGGGGGGCGGCUCGUCCCUGGAGGUGCCCAUCAUCUCCUCCGGCGGGAACUGGUUCAUGAACGGGUUGUCCUCCCUGCGUGGCCACCGCCGGGCCUCAUCGGGAGACGGACUCAAGGAUUCGGGCUCCGUGCAGAGACUCUCCACUUACGACAAUGUGCCCGCGCCGGGCGUGGUCCCCGGCAUACCCAGCGUGGCCAGCAUGGUGUGGUCCGGGGCCUCCUCCAGCGAGUCUUCGGUGGGGGGCUCGCUCAGCAGCUGCACGGCCUGCCGCGCCAGCGACUCGUCCGCCCGCAGCUCCCUGCACACCGACUGGGCCCUGGAGCCCUCCCCGCUCCCCAGCAGCAGCGAGGACCCCAAGUCCCUGGACCUGGACCACAGCCUGGACGAGGCGGGCACGGGUGCCAGCAACAGUGAGCCAAGCGAGCCGGGCAGCGCCAACCGGGAGCACGCGCGCCGCUCCGAGGCCUUACAGGGGCUGGUCACUGAGCUCAGGGCCGAGUUGUGCCGCCAGCGGACUGAGUACGAGAGGAGUGUGAAAAGAAUCGAAGAAGGGAGUGCUGACCUGAGAAAACGAAUGUCUCGGUUAGAAGAAGAACUGGACCAGGAAAAGAAAAAAUACAUCAUGCUGGAAAUAAAGCUGCGGAACUCUGAGCGGGCGCGGGAGGACGCGGAGAGGAGGAACCAGCUGUUGCAGAGGGAAAUGGAAGAGUUUUUUUCGACCCUAGGAAGCUUAACUGCUGGGGCAAAAGGUGCCAGGGCCCCAAAGUAAAAGGAAUGGCAGAGCUUACUUCUGUGCUACGUCUGUUGGUCUCCAGCCAUGCACGGAGUCAGAAGCCUCUGUAUCUCUGGAGCAGCCAGGCGCUCUGGAACCAGCUGGAGAGAGAGAUCCUGAUACCUCUGUGGGGACUGUUGGGACCCCACACAUUCCAGAUGGGAUCAGAUGCUGCUCCAACCAUGCAGCUCGUGGUGAGGGUCAGAAGGGGACAGUACCAAGAGUAGCGCUUAGCCCUUACCCAGGAAAUGUCCUUCAUGGCCACAGAAAUGGAGGGCACCCACCAUUUCUGCCACAGGAUCCAGGCAGCCACUGGGAGCAGUUAGCUUUCUUUAUUAAAUGUGCUCACAGAGCAUA